AUACUAAUUAAAAGUUUGUGAAAGUUACAUCUAAUUUGUUGUUGUGAUAACCACGUCUACUGCACUGCUGCGGAAACACCAUGUCGGCACACGAGCAAAUGAGGGCAAUGUUAGAUCAGCUAAUGGGUACAGCGAGAAAUGGUGAAACUGACAAACAUGGGACAAAAUUUUAUGAUGACGCUGUAUGCAAAUCCUUUUUAUUACAGUGUUGUCCACAUGAAAUUCUAUCUUCUACGCGAAUGGAUUUAGGUGAGUGUCCAAAAAUACAUGAUCUGGCUCUUCGUGCUGAUUAUGAGUUAGCAUCCAAAACCAAAGACUAUUUCUAUGAUAUUGAUGCUACAGAACACUUAGAGGCGUUUAUAGCGGACUGUGACCGACGUACUGCUGCUGCUAAACAACGUCUUGCAGAAACUCAGGAAGAACUUUCUGCUGAGGUUACUGAAAAAGCCAAUGCAGUGCAUGAAUUAGCUGAACAAAUUGGUCAGAAGUUGGCUCGGGCUGAAGCACUCGGUGAGGAGGGUAUGGUUGAAGAAAGCUUUAAACUUAUGGGAGAGGUUGAAGAACUACGCAAAAAGAAAAUGGUGGCGGAACAGGAUUAUCGUAAUUCAAUGCCGGCUUCAUCAUACCAACAACAAAAAUUGCGUGUAUGCGAAGUGUGCUCGGCAUAUUUGGGUAUUCAUGACAAUGAUAGACGACUUGCUGAUCACUUUGGGGGAAAACUUCAUCUGGGAUUUAUUACAAUCCGAGAGAAAUUAGCAGCUUUGAAGAAAACAGUAGAUAAAAGGCGCGACGAGCGCGGGGCGUCAGAGCGGGAGCGUGGAGGCCCAGGUGGGCGCCGUCACUAUGUGGGCGGCCGGGAACUCGACCGCCGCGCCCGCCGCCACCGCGAGACCGCGCGGGACCGCGAUCGCACCAAGGACACCGACCGUGACCAACGAGGAAAGGACAGGGAACGGGACCGUGACCGCGAGCGUGAUCGAGACAGAAGGCGCAGCCGGUCACGGAGCAGAAGUAAACGUGAAGGGUCCCGAGAGCGGUCCCGAGGGCGUGAUCGAGAUCGCGAGCGGGAGUCGCGUCGCAGUCGUUCUCAUCGUUCAGGGUCACGCGAACGCCGCAGAGAUUAAACAUUUUGCAUCUCCAAUUUCAAUUAAAUAUUGGGUAUGGAGGCAUAACAUCGUUAUCCUCAAGAAUGGCAAUGCAGGAGGACAAUCAGGGCCUCACAAUAUUCUGUGACAUUUACCACUCUCUAUCAGGUGUGUCGUCUGCAUGUAUUCCGUUUCAGGUUGAAUAAAAAAAUAAUCUAAAACUCAUUAUGCGAAAAAUCUGUAAAGGUAAAAAAAAAGACUUUUUCGCUCGUGGAGAAGUUUCCCAUUAUGUUAGUCAUGCAUUUGCACAUAUUCGUGCGUUGUGAAUGAAAAUAUAGAUGCGAGGGUGAUGACAAAGUUUUAAUAUAUUUAUUACAAUAGAGGUUUAGGUUAAAGCACAAUUUGCCAGUGCUAGUACUUUCUGUAGAUAUUGUCUUUCAAGAUUUUUUGUUUACUUAUUGAUAGUUCCCUUAGCAUUUUUUCACUGGUCUGUUAUGUAAAUGAUGCUUGAGCAGUGAAAUGGUGUAAUUAUAUAUUUAGUUUGUGUGAUUUAAAUAUAUAUUGCAACAUGUAGAUAUAAUAAGAUUACAUAACAUUUAGAAAGUUUAGGCCUUUUUAUACAUUGCUGCUGAAAAAUUAGAUAUAUAAGAAGUGGUAAAAUUGAAUUUUAAUAUUUGGGGUUCGUAUCAAAUAAGUUUUUUUGAAGUUGUUUCAAAUUGUUGAUUUAUUAAGUUUUUAAUAUAAUGUUAAUAACUCCCGAGCUGCAAUAAGUUUGAAUCCUUUGUGUGAUUGUUUAUCUGUAGCAUUGUAAUUCCUUAAGGGAUUGACCAAUUUCGAUACGGUUUUUUUCAUUUGUAGGUUCAUUGAAUUGGAGUGGUUCUUAGCUAUUUUUUGUCGGGAGUUUUUAAUUAUUUACCCAAAAUAAAAGAUAUUGAUGUAGUUUUGGCUUGCUUUAACAAAAGAUUGCUGUAAUGAAAUAGUUUAUAUAUAACAUUUCUGGUUGUAUAUGCCAUUGAAAGGUUAAACACACUUUGACUUUAGAAUAUUUAUAAGAUCUCGUUUGUGGAGGUUAGCGAGAUAUCUGUUGUGAGGUACAUAUUGAAUAUAAACAUCAUUGGAAUCGAGAGAUGCAAUCUUUUACAUAUUUGUGUAUGUGGGUUCGUUCGCAUUUAUAUUCAUAAAUUAAGGCUAUUGUAUUGCGAGCAUAAACGGACAACAACACGAGGCUCGAUACUACAUGUCGCGUAGUUCCGCUUCUCUAUAAACGAGGUCUAAGAUAUAGAGCGCUUUUAUAAUUUAUUGAGCCACGACAAAAGGCACGUUUUAGGCGUAAAACGUUUAUGCCUCCAUACCCUGUAAUUUUUCAGUCAUUCAAAGUUAGAUACGUGACAGUGCUAAUUUUAGCGACAAAAACACGAGAGUUAUUUAUGCAGAUGGCAUACAAACGAAUUCUUUGUCAAGUCUAAAAAAGAGAUAAACUGUAAAAGCGUCUGUUAUAUCUAAUAAAUGUAUAAAUCGCCAACUACAUUGUCAAAAGUUAAUGCAAUCUUUUCUUUUGUUAUGUGAAUAAAAUAAUUAUUAUAGUAAGCUCAAA